CAAUCAUCUUCCAUAUAUGGCCAAUAUAAAGUUCACUCCAACUGUUCGAAGUUCUAACCAUUGACUUUUUGUUCUCGAUCAACCACGAUGUCCCAAGCCUCACAACCCCAGCCCACUUCCUCCUCCGGUAUCUUUAACAAAAUACUACUCGCGAUCUCUGUCGGAUUCUCAGCAUGGGCCUAUCUCAAAGCUCGUCCUCCACCUCCCAAAACCUUGGGAUCACCAAAUGGGCCUGCUAUCACUUCUCCAAGGAUCAAGCUUCGUGAUGGAAGACACUUAGCCUAUGAAGAAUCCGGUGUUCCAAAAGAAACUGCCAAAUCUAAGAUAAUAUUUGUUCAUGGGUUCAGUAAUAGCAAGCACUAUCAUCCUUUUGCCACCUCAGCCUCACCAGAACUUGUUAAAGAGCUAGGCGCUUACUUCGUUUCGAUUGACCGGCCUGGCUAUGGCGAGAGUGACCCGGACCCUAACCGAACGGUGAAGAGCUUGGCGCUUGAUAUCGAGGAGCUCGCGGAUCAACUGAACCUCGGGCCGAAGUUCUAUGUGGCUGGAUUUUCUAUGGGUGGACAGGUCAUAUGGUCGUGUCUCAAGUAUAUCCCUCACAGGCUUGCGGGAGCUGUUCUUAUAUCUCCGGCGAUCAAUUUUUGGUGGUCAAAUCUACCUUUCAACUUAACCAACGAAGAGUAUUCACGACAACUUAAACGAGAUCAAUGGUCUUUGCGGGUUGCUCACCACCUACCAUGGUUGACCUAUUGGUGGAACACUCAAACAUGGUUUCCUGUCUUUUCUGUAUUGCGUGGACAUCCUGCUAGGAUAUCCCCCACGGAUAGGGAGAUUUUUUCGAAGAUGUUUAGUGCUGCGGAUCCAGUUAAGUUAAACAUAUUGAGAACACAUCCAAAACAACAAGGUGAUUUCGAGUCACUCCACCGUGACUUGAAUAUUACAUUCGGGAAGUGGGAAUUCGAUCCAAUGGAUAUCGAAAACCCAUUUCCAAACAACGAUGGAAAGGUUCAUUUAUGGAUGGGCGAUGAUGACCGGAUCGUGCCUGUGACAUUGCAACGAUAUAUAGCUGAACAAGUCAAAUGGGUCAACUAUCAUGAGGUCACUGGCGCAGGACACACGUUGCCGUAUGCUGAUGGUGUGGCUGAUGAUAUUCUUAAAUCACUUCUUAAAGAUCAAAGUUAAAUUUUUUUACAGUUCGGUUGUUACCGUAUGCUGAUGGUCAACUAUCAUAUUCUCUUUUUUAUUUAAAAAGUGUGAAUUUUUUUACACAACUUAGCAUAAUAUUUACGGGUGUAUGUUCAAUUUAGAAAGGUCUAUGCCAGUUUUGGGUCAAACUAGCGAACACUUAUAGCUAAACGAGUCAUGUGCAGGUCAAACUGACCGCAUCUUGGAAGUGACCAAAUCAGAAAUGUAACAGACCACAUCAUGCGAAAUUGCAGCAUCACAAUCACAUUAUGGAAUCAUUGCGUAUUGCUGCGUUUUCAUCACUGAAACAUGGCAUAUGCGCUCAUUUUAAAA